AUGCCCCUUGACACGAUCUAUAUCACCCGACACGGGCACCGGUUAAACUGGACAAUAGAUUUGUCCACCGGGACCUAUCGCGCAACCUAUCCCACACCCACCGGAAUCCCCGUCGACCCGACCUUAACGCAGCCCGGCGUCCGCCAGUCGCAUGAACUAGCGGCGCAUAUCUGCGGUGAAACGUUUAAGCCAAAGCCAUGCAGGGUGUAUUGUAGCCCGUUCUACAGAUGCCUGCAAACCAUUAGACCGACAGUGGAAGGCUUGCGAAAGAUUCAAGAGGAUGAAAAGAGAUCGGAUACAGACUUGACGGUCAGGCUUGAGAACGGACUUGGAGAAUGGUUCGGCUCUUCCUCCUUCUUCACACACCCGUCCCCUUCCACCCCCGAGAUUCUCACCACCCACUUCCCGACCAUACUCUCUCCACCUUCCACCGCUGCUUCGCCUUCUCCGCUGCAAGCAGAAUACCAAGCACGGAUCAUCCCGUCUCCCAAUGGCGAAACCAUUGCCCAACUGCACGAUCGCAUAGCCACCACCCUCUCACACGUCAUCGCCACCGUCGAUGCGGAACUCGCCCGCCACGCCGAAUCUCACCCCAACGAUCCCCGUAACCAUCAAAGCCAUGCUUUGUUGAUAUGCACACACGCUGCACCGUUGAUCGCAAUGGGCAGGGCGCUGACUGGGAAUAUGCCCGAGGAUUCGUCAGAAGAGGACUUUAGACCGUUCACGGCGAGUUUAAGCAUGUUUGUAAGGCGGAAAAGUGGCAGACGGGAAGAGCUGGAUGAUGAGGCUGAACAGGUUUGCGGAAUGAAAGUUCCAAAAUGGAGGGAUGGAAGAGGUGUGGGCGGCGGCUGGGAUUGCGUGCGGAACGGCGAUUGUUCCUUUUUGGAAGCGGGAGAGGAGCGAGGCUGGCAUUUUAAUGGUGAAGAGGAUUUCAUGUCGAUGCCUACCUCGCUCGUUGCGAGCACGCCUGAUAGCGCAGGCAGCGAGGCGAAAUUGUAG